AUGUCUAAAAAGCAGCUUGUCUUUUGCACUUCGAACCAAGAGAAGGUUAAAGAUUUACAACACAUUUUGGGUGAAGACUUUUUGGUGGUUAACGUUUCGAUAGAUCUUGCCGAAAUCCAAGGAAGUCCGGAAGAAAUAACAUUGGCCAAGGCCAAAGAAGCUUAUCGUCUCUUGAAGAAGCCAUUGAUUGUGGAAGAUACAUGCCUUUGUUUCAAUGCCUUUGGUGGACUUCCUGGACCAUACAUAAAGUACUUUUUGUUGAAUAUCGGACCCCAAGGCCUAUACAAGACGCUAGAAAAGUUUGAGGACAAGACCGGUUAUGCUCUCUGCACGUUUGGCUAUGCUGAUGAAAAUGAUGUCAAGAUAUUUAAAGGAAGAGUAAACGGAACAAUCGUUGAGCCUAGAGGCAAAAUUGACAUUAGCUGGAACUCCAUAUUUGAACCUAAUGGAUACGACAAGACAUUUUCGGAGUUGAGCUUUGAGGAGAAGAAUAAAGUUUCACAUCGAUAUCGCGCAGCCAUGGAACUAAAGGUUCGUUCACUAUUAUAA